ACCAGAGGAUAUGUUAAUGCAGGGCAGAAGCAAAUCACAUGAAUGACAUGUGACCGCCACAUUCAAAGGUCUACAUAAGGUUGCUGAAAAUAGUCAUACAAUCUUUUCCAUCUUAUAAUACAAUAUUGUAAUAUUGCAAUUGUAAUUCUCGGAAAACAUUAAGAACACCAGAUUGCAAAACAACUUUGAUGGGAGGAAAUGCUGCUUUGAAAACGAAAGAACUGUAAACUUCUGAUUGCUUAGAGAAUUACUGCAGCACAGAAAAUAUGGCUAGUAAAGUAGAUGCACGGCAGAGAUGGAUUUUGCUGAAGCAAGCACUUCUUAAAGGGAAGAGAAAAGCAGUUACAAGUUAUCCAGAAGAUGAUUUUGAAAGUGGAGAUCCUAAAUUCUGCAUCGAUUUGCUGAAGGAUCCUACUCUUAGAAACUACUAUCACCUGAAGAAGUACCUGCCAAAUAGUAGUAACAUGUGGAUGGUAGAAUUUCUAGAGCUCAGUGGCCUCGAUCUGAUGCUGGAAGCCUUAGAUAAGUUGUCAAGCAGAGGAGGGCCGAAGAUUUAUGAUGCCCUUCUACAACUCACCUGUGUGAGCUGUGUAAGAGCUGUGAUGAAUUCUCCAAAUGGAAUCGAGCAGCUUGUGAAUGAUGAAAACCAGAUUAAAAAACUGCUACAAGCUCUGAAUACAUCAGUGAUCCUGGUGAAGAAACAAGUGUUUGAUUUGUUGGCAGCACUCUGCAUGUACUCUCCAGAAGGUCAUGAUCGGGUUUUAUAUGCACUACAACACUACAAGAAUGCACAGAGAUAUCUAUAUGGAUUAAAUGCCAUUAUGAGUGAACUCCAAACAGAUAAUGUUCCUUAUCUGGUAUCACUCUUGAGUGUGAUCAACGCUCUUAUUCUGGGAACUGCAAACUUGCAAAAACGAGCAAGACUCAGAAAUGAAUUCAUUGGUCUUCAUUUGCUGGAAGCACUGCCAAAUCUGAGAAAAAUAGAUGAUGCAGAUCUACUAAUCCAGUGUUCCAAAUUUGAGGAAGCCCGGGCAGAAGAUGACGAAGAUUUAACAAAAAUCCAUGAUAUGAACUGCCAUCAAGAUGUUUUUGCAGCAUUGUUUAGUAAAGUGCACGCCUCACCAGCUUCUAUUCAGCUUCUGUCAAUUCUCCAGGGCCUCCUGCAGCUGGAACCAUCUGACAGUAGCGGUGCCCUGCUCUGGGAAGUCCUAGAAAUCCUGGUGAAUAGAGCCAUCCUAAUUGCUCAUGACAGUCCAGAAACUGAUGUCAAUGCAUUCAUGAAAAGACUCGUAUCAGUUAAACUGGAGAGAAACAAUCAGACAAUGAAAGGAGAGUUGAUUGCUAGUAAACCUGAAAAUCAUGAUUGGCCUGAACCUGAAGCUUCAACAGAAGAAAGUCUAAAGUGUACUUAUUCUACCACUACCUCACUUGCACCAACUCUUGCUCCUCCACCUCCCCCUCCACCUCCUCCUCCCCCAGCACCACCUGGAUCUCUUCCUACCUGUUUAGAUAAGACAGAUAUUCCAAGACCAUCUUUGCGGAUGAAAAAGCUGAGUUGGCAAAAACUCUCAAAAGCAGCUUCAGGUAGGUUUGUGAUAUGUACCUUUACAAUGAGAGAGUGCCUAUUACAAUCCAAUUAG